CGGAGUUUUACAGUGAUAGUUUAGCUGCUGGGUCUUGCUAGCAUUGUAACAUAGUUUAAGCUAUUCACCCGUAACCGCAUUCUACGUAAUAUUAAAGGUGUUCGCUUUGAGGACGAGUUGGUGACACGUGCAACAUUUGAUAUAGUUUUGAAUUUAACUGGAAUACUAAUCCAGCUUUAACAAGCUAACGCAUGUUAGCAUUAGCUUUACAAGUCCCAUGUCAGUGAAACUGUCAGCUGCACAACAUGUGGAAAUGUUUACACCAAGUUUCUCCUCAGUUCAACAGAAAGAGCUGGCGAAAAGACUCACUGCGUUUCUGUCUCAGUACAGCUACUUGAGCGACUCCUUUAUUAUUGAGUUCUUCUCUGAAAACUUGUGGCACACUUUACCCAGAUCCUGGCAGACUGUGCUGCAGCAUCUUUCAUAUCCACAGAUUGCAGACCUACUACUGGAUGCUUCUCAUAAUGACAGAAGGUAUCCUUCAGUGUGGCCCCUGUCUCUUUUGGCCUUUCGUGCUACGUCUCAUGCCCUGGCAUUUCCCAGAGAAGGCAGACGUGACGGAGGCAGGGUAUCGGAUUUGGUGAAACCUGAGGAGUUCAUGGAAAACCGGAGUCAGAGCUCCCUGCUGGGGCACAUAUUCAGGAAACACGUUAAACCCAAGAAACAGCAUGAGAUUCGAAAGCUUGGCAUGCUGGUAAAACAACUUUGUGACCAGACCAGCUGCAGGAGAGUGGUGGAUGUGGGCUCCGGACAGGGUCAUCUAACUCGUUUCCUGUCCUUUGGGCUCGGACUGUCUGUGACCGCCAUUGAGGCUGAUCACGAUCUAGUUUCAAUGGCUUCCAGAUAUGAUAGUGAGUUACUGUGGGUCCUGCAGAAGGAAAAGCAGAAAAAGAUCUGCUUCUCCCAGCUUCCUGAAACCCUGUCUAUUCCACGCCACGUGGUUGCUCAGUCCACCGUCUUGUUGACAAAGGCUGCAAACCAAGAGGAAACCAGCCUGCCAAGCUCUCCGGACUUUGUUUUGACCGGUCUGCACGCCUGUGGCGACCUCAGCGCCACCCUCCUUCGCCACUUCGUCAGCUGCCCACACAUUCGCAGCAUCACCUCUGUGGCCUGUUGCUACAUGAAAAUCACAACCAAAGAGAGCCCCACCCCUCCAGGACUGGUCACACCUCCCUCGUCACUCGCACCGGCCUCUGAAUCGUUUCCCUCCGACUUCGGCUACCCGAUGAGCUCCUGGGUGCGGGCGUUGCCUGGACACCAGCUGUCCUAUAAGGCCCGAGAGGGGGCCUGCCACGCUGUGGAGGACUACGUGCGACGGCUCAGGGAGGGAAGCGAGUUGCUCAGGACGCACUGUUACCGGGCCAUGUUGGAGGCAUUCAUAAGGGAAACAAGACCAGAUCUCCGCAGGGCGGGAAUCCAGACCAUAAAGAAAGCUCACUUAUUACCUUUUACUGAAUAUGCCCGCCUGGGUCUGACUCGGGUCAGCCUACCUCCUGAUUUACCCUUAGACCCGGACAAAGUGGAGGCCAUGUUGGCGCAUCAGAGCAGGGUGGUGGUGUACUUCAGCUUGGCCCUGCUGUUAGCUCCUGUCGUGGAGACGCUGGUGCUGCUCGACAGGAUGAUCUACCUGCAGGAGAAUGGUAUGGACAGCCAGCUAGUUCCUCUCUUCGACCCACAUUUUUCUCCUAGAAACUUUGUGCUGGUAUCUCUGAAGCCUUCCAGAUAAACAACAAAAAGGAAUAAAUCUCAUUUUUUAAUAUUUGCCAGUUUAAAUAAGUGAAUGCAGAUACAGUAAAUAUAAAGUGUGAGGAUUACAGGUGUAUGUGUAGCCUUUGUGCAAUGCAAGCAAUUCUUAGCAGCAAAUCAGGAAUUUUUAUUGAAUUUUCUUUGCAUGAUUUUACUUGUGUUGUCAUUUUGCUCUUUUAUCAGCUGUUGUAAAUGAGCUCACGGGUCAAUCAUCGCUUUCUUGCACUGCAUCAACCCUGGAGCAAUAAAUACAAAUUUGCUUUUAUUUGUUGCCAGAAACCUUUUUUUGUCAAUGUUAAUCUUUUUUUAAAUGUACAUAUAAUGCUAAAUAUGCUAAAAUGGGGCUAUUUAACUGGCAUCCCGUAGGCCACAUCUGGCCCGGUGGUGACCUCUGACCGACCUGCUAAUGAGCUCCUGAAUUAAAUAUAAAAAUAAUUUGAAGUUAAAUUGCAAAUUUUAAAUUUAGGAUUUAAUUUUUAUGAUUUGCUUUGAGUAACUGCAGCCCACUAGUUGAAUAACCCUGUGCUAUAAAGACAUGUAAUUGACAAAGAGGUGAAAAUUUAAAAAAAAACUGAACAAUAUAAUUAAGAGACAAUUCCUGUACACAGAUCAUGUCUUUUAUUUUAUUUAUUUAUUUAUUUAUUUAUUUAUUUGUAAAAUAAUCCUGCAUUUGUCUGGCUGCUCAAAAAUCCUGUAAUCUGUUAUAAAUGAUCAGUUUUGCUCUUGAAAUAAAAGUAUACCAUCCAUACA